UUUGUUUAUUCAUCUUUUUUUUUUUCCCCCUCUUCUACAUUUAUUAAUUUAAAAAAAAUGGCUAAUACUCCUCAUGGUGGUGUCCUUAAGGACCUUUAUCUUCGUGACGCUGAUAAGCAAGAAUCUCUUGCCCUUGAAGCUGCUACUUUACCCAAUGUCGUCUUGACAGACCGUCAAUUAUGUGAUCUCGAAUUAAUCUUGAACGGUGGUUUCUCUCCUCUCGAAGGUUUCUUGAACCAAAAGGAUUAUGAAGGUGUUGUUGAAAAGAUGCGUCUUGCCAAUGGUUUAUUAUGGACUAUUCCCAUCACCUUGGAUGUUAGCAAGGAACAAAUCGAGGAAAGUAAGAUUGAACCCACUAAGCGUAUUGCUUUGUUAGAUCCUCGUGAUCAUACUCCUUUAGCCAUCUUGACCGUCGAGGAUGUAUAUAAGCCCAACAAGGCCAAGGAGGCCGAACUUGUGUACGGUGCCAAUGACAGUGCUCAUCCUGCUGUUCAUUAUCUUCAUACCAUUGCUAAGGAAUUCAACAUUGGUGGUUCUCUUCAAGCUGUUCAAUCUCCUUCUCACUACGAUUAUGUUGCCAACCGAUUCACACCUACUGAACUCCGUGCUCAUUUCAAAAAACUUCAAUGGACCCGUGUUGUUGCUUUCCAAACCCGUAACCCUAUGCAUCGUGCUCAUCGUGAAUUAACUGUGCGUGCUGCUCGUCAACGUAAAGCCCAUUUACUUAUUCAUCCUGUGGUUGGAUUGACCAAGCCUGGAGAUAUUGAUCAUUAUACCCGUGUGCGUGUUUAUAAGGCCUUGAUGCCCAAGUACCCUAACGGUAUGGCCGAACUUAGUUUAUUGCCUUUGGCUAUGCGUAUGGGUGGACCUCGUGAAGCUGUAUGGCACGCCUUGAUCCGUAAAAACCAUGGUGUGACUCAUUUCAUUGUGGGUCGUGAUCAUGCUGGACCCGGUAAGAACUCUCAAGGUGUUGAUUUCUACGGUCCUUACGAUGCUCAAACCUUGGUGGAGGAAUACAAGAGCGAGAUUGGUAUUGAAAUUGUACCCUUCCAAAUGGUGACUUACUCUCCUGAUACGGAUGAAUAUAUCCCCGCUGAUGAGGUCCCCGAGGGUGUCAAGACUUUAAAUAUCUCUGGUACUGAGUUACGUCGUCGUCUCAAGACUGGUUUACCCAUCCCCGAAUGGUUCUCUUACCCUGAAGUCGUGCAGGUCUUGCGUCAAUCUCAUCCUCCUCGUAACCAACAAGGUUUCACCAUCUUUUUCACAGGUCUUCAUGCUUCCGGUAAGAACGCCAUUGCUCGCGCUUUACAAGUUUCCUUAAACCAAGAAAGUACGCGUUCUGUCUCUUUAUUGGCAAGUGAAAAUACCCGUGCCGAAUUAUCAUCGGAGUUGGGAUUCUCGAAGCGUGACAGAGAUAUCAAUAUUGCCCGUCAAGCCUUUGUGGCCGGUGAGUUGACGCGUGCUGGUGCUGCUGCCAUUGUGGCACCCAUUGCCCCUUAUGCCGGUGCACGUGAUGCCGCUAAAAAGACCAUUGAACAAUUCGGUGGUUUCUAUCUUGUGCAUGUCGCUACUCCCUUGGAAGAAUGUAUCAAGCGUGAUCGUGAUGGUAUCUAUGAACGCGCAAAGCGUGGUGAGAUUAAGGAAUUCACUGGUUUGGAUGCUCCUUAUGAAGUACCCACAAAUGCUGAUCUUACCGUUGACAUUACUCAACAAUCCGUCUCUCAAGCUGUGCAUGAAAUCGUCUUGUUGCUUGAAAAGGAUGGUUACAUUGGUUCUGCUUAAAUUCAUAUAAAUAUUAGAGUAACAAAAAAAAAACAUUUCAACUAUAAUAAAUAAAAACUGUAUAUUUUAAACAUAAUAUUUUUUUUUUAAAAAAAAAAGAG